AGCACGUUGACGCGCAAGAGGGUGGUAUACCGACGGCGCGCGUCGUGCAUCCGCGUUCGUGCUCACUCGGCCCGGCUCGCCGAGCGCUCCGAGCGCUUCGGCCGCCCCCGCCUUCUAGCUCGCACGGUGCGUCGCGCGGAACGGUAAAUAGAGCGGGCCAGCUCACUCCGCCGUGCGAUUAAUCGACGUGGUUGCGGGGCCCCGCUCGCGAGUGCAUCGGAGUCGCAGCGACGCCGCGUCCCGUCCCGUCCCGUCCCGCCGCUGCAGAACAGCUACGACAGCGGGGGAAGCAUGACGAACCUGACGGCGAUGCCGAAUCGCGGCCGACGUCCCGCGGAUUCGAGGAUUCCGCGCUCGGUCGUCCCCGUCUCAGGAUCGCUCCUCGGCACCUGCCGAGUGAAGUGUGUCGCGUGAGCCCGCGAUCUCGAAUUAAGCGAGAACGACGCGGCGCGCACGGGCUUCCGCUAUUGGCAGAACCUACGCCACGACCGUCGCACGAAAGUCCGUGUCAUUGUUAAAAUGGACCUGCCGAGUGCGGUGUUACGACGUCGCGACGUCGUCGACAGGUAGUCGCAUCCUCACCGAGAGCCGACGUUUUGUAACGAACGUAACGCACGUUACGUCGAUGCGUCCGCAUCGUUGUUAAAGCAUCCGCGACACCGCAUCCUGACGUCGCGACCAGGAUUCGCGCUUCGUCAUUUGGUAAGGUCCUGUCUGAAGUUAGCUGCGAACCCCGAGCCGUUACAUUAAGGAGACCGUAAGGAUGGAUUAGGUAUCGAGAAUUGUGUGUGUGUGCGCGACACGACGCGCGUCCAUUAUUGUUCAUUAUUGAAACGACGAUUCUGGACCACGGAUUACGUCACGACGUCGUGUGAUUGCUCCGUCGUCGUCAUUGGAGUCCCGAAUCGGAAUAAUAAGCUGCGCUUUCCUGUCAUUCAAGAAACCAGCAGCGGAUCGUGGUUCCUGAAGAGUCCUGAAUCGCUAAAACGUCGCGAGCAGUACUUCGCGUUCGUGUUGAGCGAUCGAAAUUUCAAAUCGUGCGCGCAUCGAAAUCGUACAAAAUCAAAGACAAUAUCUCAUCGGUCGAUCUUCGCGAGUGCAUCGAGUGCGUGAGAAAGUGCAGCUGCAGCAGAGUGUCGGAGGAGAGGUUAGACGAGGCCGACACCCACCGAGCAAGUCGAUCAGCUGUUCCUCAGCGCCGACGUCGUUGUCGUUUCGGCCAGGUGGUCCCGAUGCUACUCUAUCAGGAGGACACUACGGAUAUUUUUGCCUCGAAUACUUUUUGGUGUAAAAGUGAAGGAAAAAGGAACGAUGUUGUCGUACAUGUUGCCAACGGAGGACAAGCCACCGCCCGGAGAGCCCAGCAGCCAACAGAACAAUUAUCGCGUGGCUGGCAAGCUGCAGAAGAGCACCACCGUGGUGAGCACGUCGCCCAGGAAGUACGCGGACGCGACUAGAGCGAUGAUCGUCUCCACCAGAAUCGAGGAACCGGCCAGCGGUGAUCUUACCGCUCGGCAUGGUUCACCGCAGACUUUCUCGAGUCCACAGCAGCGGGAUUCACGACCGAUCGAGAGCCCGAAGCACAACGGCACCGCCGCCACCACGAGAAAAUCGACCCUGCACAAUGCCAACAGGGUCACCAAGGACGACAGCCUCUACAGCAUCGAUAGCGACGCCAGCACCGCCGGCAGCGAGCGUAAGAACAAGAUCCUGAACGGCGCGAAGCAUGCCAGUCUGAAAAGGGUAUCUUUCGGCUCGAGCAAAGGAUCGAUGGUAGAAACCCUCGUCUACGAGACGCCGGUGCAAGAGGAACCUGAGAUCAAUCACUUCCUGGACCACAACGGUCGCCUACCUCCUCCUAUGAUACCUGUGCCUGAUACUGACGAAGGUAGAGAAAAAGUACGCGUCUCGUUGUUAGGUCCACAACCGUCGCCGGCGACGCCCGGCGUCCUCUUACUAGAGCCGAUCACGCACUCGUCAGGACACCCGUUGAACAUGGCCAACAAUUCCGCGGAACUUUUGACCACGCACACCGAGCACACCACACCCGCCUAUCACGCGCAAAUCAGCACGGAUAGUGGCUGGGACAAUCCGUUCAGGCCGGACGGUGACCUCUCCAGGGAAGCCGACGAGAUCGUCGAGCUGAUAAAGGGCGGGAAACCGAUCACGCCGACCCCGGGUCAGAACGCACCACCGUUGCCGGGAUGCGAGGGUAAAACCGAGCACGAUUCCUCGAGUACCAGUCCGCUCCUGAAAUCCACGAAUUGCCACGGCAAUUCGAGGCCCGGCCAGGAGAACGGUAGUGCUCACGGUGGCACUCCAGCGAAAGGCGGCAAUCAGCCGGUCAAUGAAAAGGUCGGAUCAUCGAGGACUGCAACGGUGGAGGUCGCGAGGAUGACGGCACAAGGUCCGGGCGACGCGUCACAGGUUGAGCACGUCACCCUGAAGAAGAAGCCUAAGUGCAAAUGCUGCGUAUUGCAGUAAUGACCGAGCGACGGAGGCGACGGGGACGCGCACGCGAGAAACGGAUCCUCCUCCACUGUCGAGAGCGCCACUUCGAGAACUCUUCGGCUUCGAGGCUUCCGGGGAAGUUGCGACUGGGCAGCUCGAAACGUUAAAGAGUGCGGAACGAGACGUCGCGGACAAGCCGUCAACGAAGAAGAUUCUUGGAAAGAAUUGCCUCAAAGGGAAUGCCGAUAGACGUUCCGGACACGAAGAAAGAUAUUUUGGGCUUGUGACUUGAAACGUGAAUCCAGAAAACGACUUGGCAAAGAGUUUCGUCUUUGAGAUAGAGAAAAAACGAUAUUGAUGAAGAAAUGUGGAAAGAAAUAUUUGGAAUCGAAGAGAAUAUGUAAGAAAAUACGAUCGCAGAGGUAAGACAAAACCUGAAAAAGUAUAUUUCGUAUUUUCUAAUCAUACGAAGAAGAAGUCUCAACGAAAAUCAAAAGGUACUUUGAAGAGAACGAGAACGAUUGCUGCUGGACGUAAACUAUUGGCAUUAGGCUGACGAGAGCUUGAAAAAUAAGGGACAAACUCGGAGAGGCUCUGUUCAUUCUUGCGUGCGGAAGUUGGAGUCGAUCAUAAAUGCCCUAAUUCACCGCUGAAAAUAACGAUAAAAGCGAGAAAGAGAGAAGAGGAUUGCUGACUCUUGCUGUGGAAGUCUGAAUUCUCAUCAGGAUAUCUGCUUCCGGUUUCCGAGUACGGAAAAGAAUGCCAGGAUCCACGUAGGAGAUGAGAUGAAGAAUAUCAGUGCGUGAACGAACAUUGAAUCGCUUCUAUCGGGACAGUGACAAUUUUACGAUGAUUUGAAAGACCAGAGGUGGAAGAGACGCGAAGCGAUAGAGAGAGAUGAAAUCUAUAUAUAUAUAUUAUACAUACAAAACUAUAUUGUAGAUACAGAAUGGUAGCUGUAUAGCUUAUAUGCUUUUACUAUCGUGGUUAAUUAUCGUCAGGAUUAUCGUGAUUUCGAGAAUGCAUCGUGCGCGUAGAGCGAGAAAGGCAAAGCGAGAGAAAGAGAUAGAAAGAGUGCGUGAGAGAAAAUGCGAGAAAUGUGUGUAAGAAAGAAAGAAAGAGAUGAGACGAUGAGUGUGGCGAGUACAAGGAGAAGACUGCGCAACAAGGCAUAUAAAGUUCCGCGGGACGUCAUUCGUACGUUAGAUCUUGAUGCGAGCAGACACACCGCUGUUUCUGAAGACUAACUCGGCGGCUUCAAUUUCAUACUUUCUUUAACUUGCACUACGAGAGGUAUUCGACGCGUUAAACGUCACUGCGUAUACAGGAUGUGUCAAAUAUAUCGCACUCCGUUGCGUGAUCUGUAAAUUUUUCGAUCAACUUGAAAUCAAUCUGAAUUAAUUCACAUUGGUUUUAAUUGCUCAGAAAUUACUAUCUAUUGACAGAUCCGGUUGGGAAGAUCCGUACGGAUUUUUUUAGCAAAAUUCACACGCAAAACUUUGUAUUAAUUCUUAAUUUAAAUUAAUUAUUAAUUCUUAAUAUAAAGAAAAAAGAUAGGUAAAAAUCAAGUGCGCGGUUUUGAAACACUCUGUACGGCAAACGUUUAUUUCGUUGGACUCGUCGAAGAGUUCCGUAGGUAAAAUUUUAAGAGAAUGUCGGUCAAUGGGUGCAAAUGCUAAUUACAGUGAAUGUUAUUGGAAGUCUAAUGUCACUCAACUUCAACAACGUUCAAUCGUGAUGAUAGAUUCUACCAGACAUUAAUUUUAUUCAUGUUACCGGAAACGCCGCGAUGAGCCUGUUCAGAAUCAUUGAUACUGCUCCCGCAACCAACCGCUAGUAAUAACUCGUCGAUGAUGUUUCUAAUUUCUAAUUUUAUCUACGGAAUCCUGAAAAGAGGAAAGAAACAAGAGAGGGUUAUUUUCGCCGGAUGCAUAUAACGCUUAACGGCGGUUGUUCCAAUAAAUUUGAUCCUGAGAACUUUCACACACACACACACACAUCUUUUUCGGGACGUUGUUGGGUCAGCUGUUGGUUACCCUCGAGUCGAUAAGUCAGCCCUGAGAUUUAUCCACCAGAAUGCGAAAAUUAAUGCCGAUCUUUUUAUAACAAUUGGCAAUACAAUUUGUGAAUUUUUAUAACUAAUUAUGCAAAUAUCCAAGUUUUAAUUUUAGUGCAGUUUUGCGUUUUUAGCGGCGAAUUCGAAAAAGAGUUAAUGUUUCUUUUAUCAAUCAAUCAUGGUGAACAGACUGCGCUUGUUUGCGCACGAUAAAGAUUUGAUCAUGGGUCCUAAUCGUGUUCAAUCGAGUAUCUAAGUGUAUUUCGUUAAUUAUUAUCAUGGGCGCCGCUAGAAUUUUUCAUAGGGGCUUGCGUAAGCAUGUGAAUCAUUGUUAGAUAUUCUUCAAAAUAUAACAUCCUUUUGUGAGAAUUGUUUUAUACAUGCCGAAGGACACGCGUUGUAAAAUUAUACCGGUUAUAUGAAAAAGCUACUAUUUUCAUAAUUUAAUGAAAUAUGUACAAAACUUUAGUGCUUUUGUAUCGCUAAUUUGUUGCUUGACGUAUUUUAUUUAUUAAUAAAAUUAUUCUGUUGAUAAAAAUGUUAAUUUAUAAGAACUAGAUUACAAUACAUAUCUCUUUCACAUGAAAGAAAUUAUUCAUAUUCAGAUUUUUUUGUUUGCUGUCCAUUUUACAUACGGUAUCAACAUCAACAAAUUUUAAUUAUUAAGCAUUUUCUAAUUGAGCUCUCUUCUCCGUAUGCUUUUUUCAGAAACUCAGGUAAGUGCAAGCGGUGUCCCGUUGCACUUUUCUUACGACGCCCAUGAUUUUUGUGUACCUGCGUUAAUGAGUUCCGCAUUCGAUCGGGGCGAGCUGGGACAAAAGAAUUAACUUAAACUUGCGAUUAACUUAUAUUUGACUCUACAUUCAACAUUUGACUGCUGCACUUUCUGAAACUUGACAUAUAUAGUCAAACAAAAGCACGACCGUCUUAAUUUAUAGAAAACUGAAAAUACAUACGUCCAAUUGAUUAUAGAGUUCAUCAUUAAAAUGCGAUUCGAUCUAGACACUUUUGAUAUCUCCUCCUAGCUUAUCCCGAUCGACAGCGAAGCGGAAGUGCGUGAGGUGCCGAGGAAGUAAAACCGGAUCGUUCAGACGGUGUCGAAGAUACUAUUUUCCUAAUUAACAAGCCGUGUACGGAAGGAAGAGAUCUCUCGGUGCCUCCCAGCUUUCGCAACGGCGAUUUUUAAUGGACGAAAUUUAUUGUACGAACUAGUCGAAGGUAUCGAGAGGUGUGAACUCUUCGUGGCGACGACUGAAAUGUCUCUUUGUACCAUAAUUUUCUUGCAUUAUAAGUACUGAUUAAUGAGAUUCAGCGUGAAUCAGAAAGAAAGAGUAUAACGAUAUUAAAUUCGUUCGAAAAUCUUUUCAAUUAUCUGUGAAGCAUGUUGUUUUUCCAUUUUAAACAAUAAUAGUUUAUAUAAAAUGAUAAUAAUCUGGUCUUAAUCUCGUAGAAAAUAGCGAAAAAUGUGCGCAAGAGUAUUUACCUUCUUCUAUUCUGUUCUUUUAUCCGCUCUGAUAAUGUGCUCUGUCAGCUUGUGUUAAUCCUCAAAGGGAAUCCGGAAGUAACCGAUAUUUCGCGUGCCGCGAAGAGCCGAUCGAGCGCAGUUUGCGCAGUACAGUGCAAACAACAGGAAUCUAUAAUGCGCGCAUACCUAUACACGAGAACCUCUUAACGUCUGUUCCCACGCAAAAUGUUGACUCUGCUGAGCUUACAGAUAUUAAAUGAAUAUUAAAUGUCUUG